GUUACUUCCAGGACUUGUUGAAUAAGUCCGAGAAGGCCCUUUAUGACACAUUUCCCAGUAUGUACGGAGAUCUAUACACCCAGAACUCAAAGGUUUUCAAAGACUUGUAUAGUGAGCUGCGGCGCUAUUACCGGGGUUCCAACAUCAACCUAGAAGAGGCUCUCAAUGAGUUUUGGAUUCGCCUGCUAGAACGGCUCUUCAAGUUGAUGAAUCCUCAGUACUACCUUCCGGAUGAGUAUGUGGACUGCAUGGUGAAGCACUCUGAGCAGCACAAGCCCUUUGGAGAGGUUCCAAGAGACCUGAAACUGAAGGCAACCAGGGCCUUCAUUGCAGUCCGCUCCUUUGUGCAGGGACUUGGUGUGGGCAAUGACGUUGUCAGAAGGGUCUCUCAGGUAAGUCAUUGGUGAGAAUUCCUGGUUGGUCACCUUGCCUGAGGCAUUUUCAGGACUCUGUCUUAAUUAGCGCAGGUGAUAAUUAUUUUAACAGCUCAUUUUAACCUAGCAGUUCGAAAACACACAGUGCAAGUUGAUAAAUAGGUACCGCUCCGGCGGGAAGGUAAACGGUGUUUCCAUGCGCUGCUCUGGCUUUGCCAGAAGCAGCUUAGUCAUGCUGGCCACAUGACCCGGAAAAACUGUCUGCAGACAAACAUCGGCUCCCUCGGCCUGUAAAGUGAGAUGAGCGCUGCAACCCUAGAGUCGUCUGUGACUGGACUUAACUGUCAGGGGUCCCUUUGACGUGCUUUCGGAACGGCUAGGUUGGCAGGAGCAGGGACUGAGCAACGGGAGCUCACCCCAUUGUGGGGAUUCGAACCACCGACCUUCCGAUCAGCAAGCCCAAGAGGCUCUGUGGUUUAGACCGCAGCACCACCUGCGUCCCUUUUAACUGUAAAUGACUGCUAAAAACAUUGGUAAAGGCCGUAAGGCGAUACAUUUGCUACAAAGAGCACUAUGCUCCUUUUUUCCUUUUUGAUGCUGAAACACAUACUCACAUACUGCAGUUUAUAAAACUAGGCGUUUUAUAAUGAAAAACUUUUCCUUAUGAAAAGUUGUUCACUUUCCGAGCAGAAAUGCACUGUGCUGUGUCAUUUGUUGGUUAUUCUUAUAUUAUCUAUUGAUCUCAUCAGACAGAAUUGUUAGUAGAAGGGGAGCAUUCUUCAGUGCUCUAAGUUCAAAUUCAAGAGAAACAUUGGGAAGUUGACAGUGGCUAAGUUUUUAAUUUAUAAAUGUGGUAUAAAAUCGUUCAAAAUUGGUUGUACAUCCUGUUCUCAUGACCCUUCAAGUAGUUUUUUUUAAGAUUUAAAAAAGCAGGAGAAUGACAUAAUUCAAGUGAAAGUAAGAAAAAGCUUAUUUGUUUUUUUAAUUGAUAUCAGUAGUCUUGUUCUAGGCCUGAAUAAAUGAUCUGGCCACUUUUAACUAUAUUUCCCUCCUUCCCUCCAUUCUCCUGUGCCUCUAGAGUCAGAUGUGUGAAGAUAAAAUGAAUUAAAAGGCCCACUGUUGGAGAAUUAUGGGUGUGGGGUUCCAGGAACCACUGUUUGGGCAUCCCAAGCAGGAGUUGGGGCAUCAUGGCUUGACUUCUACAUCUACAUCUAUCGAUUUCUUAAAAGUUGAAGGUACAGCGGUACCUCGGGUUACAUACGCUUCAGGUUACAUACGCUUCAGGUUACAGACUCCACUAACCCAGAAAUAGUGCUUCAGGUUAAGAACUUUGCUUCAGGAUGAGAACAGAAAUCGUGUUCCUGUGGCGUGGUGACAGCAGGAGGCCCCAUUAGCUAAAGUGGUGCUUCAGGUUAAGAACAGUUUCAGGUUAAGAACAGACCUCCGGAAUGAAUUAAGUACUUAACCCGAGGUACCACUGUAUUCAACCACCUUUCAUUUCAUUGGUUGCAGGAGCAUUCCUCAUAUGGAACAGCUGUUUCCAUUGACAUUUAUCGGAGCAGCUUGCACUUUCAAGAACUCCCAUGUAUGUAUCAAAGAGCAUGCAGGGCUCUUGACUGUGGAUUGCAUUCAUGCCUCAUUUGCUCUCUGCUCUUGUGGUACAGAAGUUAUAGACUUUAUUACCUCCAUAGAUUCUCCUUCUUCCAAAGAUUGACCUCCAGUCACCAAGUGAGAAGUCUGCUUCCAGCAGAUGAAGUAAAGUGUCAUCAAACAAGAGGCAAAACAUAACAUGCAGGAGGUUGAAGAAUCACUCUGUGUGUCUUGUUGGCAAGGCCAUUAGCUAUUAGUCUCUUAUCCUAAAAUAUAUUUGAUGUCUAAGCCCAGGAAAUCAAUUUGCAUUUUGACCCAUAUAUGCAUCUUCACCAGCAAACAAGGAUAUCAUCCUAUACCACUCCUCCUCUUUACAGCCAUGAUGAUUCCCCUGUAAAUUUAGUGCAAAUAAAAGGAAGGGAAAUGGGCUAUCCGUAAAAGGGAAUAAUAAUAAUAAUAAUAAUAAUAAUAAUUGUCCAGUAGCACCUUAUAGACCAACUAAGUUUGUUCUGGUAUAAGCUUUCGUGUGCAUGCACACGAAGAAUCUGAAGAAGUGUGCAUGCACACAAAAGCUUAUACCAGAACAAACUUAGUUGGUCUAUAAGGUGCUACUGGACAAUUUUUUAUUUUUAUUUCGACUGCGUCAGACCAACACAGCUACCUACCUGAAUGAAAAAGGUAUGUGAGAGAGCCAGUAAAUAAUUGGAGAGCUGGAAUAUGUCAGUGGCCACAUGACAAGCAAGACUCUUGUGAUUUACAGUGGUACCCUGGUUUACGAACUUAAUCCAUUCCAGAAGUCCAUUCUUAAACCAAAACCGUUCUUAAACCGGGCCGCACUUACCCUAAUGAGGCCUCCUGCUGCCAGUGCCCUUCCGCCAUUCGGAUUCUGUUCUUAGACCGAGGUAAAUUUCUCAAACCGGGACACUAUUUCCGGUUUUGUGGAGUUUGUAAACUGAAUCGUUCUUAAACCGGACUGUUCUUAAACCGAGGUACCACUGUAUUUGUUUUUAAUGACUUCUGCCUCCACGUUUUGCCUAAGCUGAAGUUCUUUCUUUGCCACCAGCUGCUGGACCUCAUAUCAUUCUAACAUUUCAGCCAUCACCCUUUUCAAUUUGCACUUCAAUAGGCUCUAUAUAUUGCAGAAGCUCUUGCAGUGAUUGAAAGGCAUGUGUGCAGAGAGAGAAGUGAAUAGACGCUGCUCAAGGAAUCGCACAUUGGAGGAGACCCAGCAGCGCAAAAGUGCCCAGAGCCACAAUUUCUCUUUUCCAGAAAUGGUAUUCAGAGUUAGUUCUCCUAAUAGUCAGUAAAGGAAAAAGGCAUCCUUGAUGAAGGAAAACCACCAUGUUAGAUUUGGAGCAUUCAUAAUUGGGUCUGAACCUCUUCCUGAUUAUUUGUUGUAACAGAAGAGUGGGUGGGGAAAUGAUUGACAGAAGGGGAAUAUAUUGGAUUGGUGGCCUGUGACAGUGUGAGUGACAGAUUGAAAAAGACAAUGCAAGUGAGGCAGAGUUUCUCAUCAUACAUUUAAAGUGCGAAGAUACCAGUUUAAACAGUCAUGACUAGUGAUGUGAGGUGAGAAUAUUCUCCGGAGAAUAUUCUCAAGAAGGAGAAUAUUCUCAAGAAUAUUCUCUGCUAGAAAAUUCUCCGGAGAAUAUUCUCCACAAACUGUAAAUUCUAAUGUUAAGAACCAGUUUUACAAGCCACAUUUUAAAAAUUUAGUAAAUAAUAAGUCAAGCUGUGAUAUCUCCAGUGUAAGUAUUGAAUAAUGAUCUUUGUGUUUUAUUUUCUGGAAAUAAUAGCAUUUAUUUUAAACUUUAUAUUGAUUUUAUUAGUACUGCACUGAAAAUAGUGUACCAUGUAGAUAUGCUUAUUAAAGAACAUACUCAGGUAGCAGACCUGAGUUUUUUAAUAUUCCUUUUACUUUAAAAGCUACAUUUCAUACAUACACAACAUAGUUAUAAUUCAAAGUUGAUGGUAAAUAUACGGUUAGUGGCAGGCUUAGUGAUUAACGUGAAUCAUUCAUGUUGAAUUUUCAAUUUUAAGUUUGGUGCAAAAAAUCAAAGAAUGUGAAUUCACUGCAUUGCCCCAUUGAAUAAACGUAUCUGUACAGGUAGGUAGCCGUGUUGGUCUGCUGUAGUUGAAACAAAAUAAAAAAAAUCCUUCCAGUAGCACCUUAGAGACCAACUAAGUUUGUUAUUGGUAUGAGCUUUCGUGUGCAUGCACGCUUUUUCAGACACUUCUUCAGGUAUCUGAAGAAGUGUGCAUGCACACGAAAGCUCAUACCAAUAACAAAGUUACAGUAGUUGGUCUCUAAGGUGCUCCUGGAAGGAAUUUUUUAUUUAGUAUCUGUGCAGUUUUUGGUUGCCAUCUGAACAAGUUUACCCAUGAAUAAACAUGUAUAUUAACUAAUUAUAUCAUUUUCAAUGCAUUAAAAUUAUAUUAUUUUCAGUGCAUUAAAAUUAUAUUAUUUUCAAUGCAUUAAAAUGAAUAUUCUCCUAUUUUAAAUGAAAAUUCUCUAAUAUGCUCAUAAAUCAAGAAUAUUCUCGAGAAUAUUCUCCAAAAGAUUAUUCUCGCGAAUUUAACGUCACUAGUCAUGACUUCCCCCCAAUAAUUCUGAAAGCUGUAGUUUGUUAAAGAUGCUGAGAGUUGAUUGGAGACCCCUAUUCCCCUCCCACAGCUACAAUUCCCAGAGUUCCCUUUGAUGGGAAUUGAAUGAUCAACUACCCUGGGAAGUGUUCUUGCCAAUAACUGGGUCCCAAGCCAUUUAGGGCUAUAAACAUCAGAGUAAGUACCUUGAAUUGGGCCUGGAAAACAGUUGGUAACCAGUGUAGCUCUUUUAAGAUAGAGGCAAUGUGCUCAUGGUUUGCUUCCCUUCCAGCAUUCAAGCCACAGCAUUUUGCACUAGUUGUUAUUUCCAGGUCAUCUUCAGGGGCAACCGCACAUUACAGUUGUACAACUUGGAGAUUACCAAAGCUGGGUUAACCAUGGCUAGGCUAUCCCUACCAAAAACAGCCAUUGUAGUUUGGCAGAAUUAAGUAAAACAGGCCAGUACCACAGAAGAGGCAAGAUGAUUUUUUGUCAGUCAUUUCAAGUGAAAAACCCAGCAUGCAGUGGUGCCCUCAGCCAUUUACACACCUUUAUAUUGCCGGAAGAAAUAUCAACAACCUCAGAUAUGCAGAUGACACAACAUUGAUGGCAGAAAGUGAGGAGGAAUUAAAGAACCUUUUAAUGAGGGUGAAAGAGGAGAGCGCAAAAUAUGGUUUGAAGCUCAACCUCAAAAAAACGAAGAUCAUGGCCACUGGCCCCAUCACCUCCUGGCAAAUAGAAGGGGAAGAAAUGGAGGCAGUGAGAGAAUUUACUUUCUUGGGCUCCAUGAUCACUGCAGAUGGUGACAGCAGCCACGAAAUUAAAAGACACCUGCUUCUUGGGAGAAAAGCAAUAACAAACCUAGACAGCAUCUUAAAAAGCAGAGACAUCACCUUGCCAACAAAGGUCCGUAUAAUUAAAGCUAUGGUUUUCCCAGUAGUGAUGUAUGGAAGUGAGAGCUGGACCAUAAAGAAGGCUGAUCACCAAAGAAUUGAUGCUUUUGAAUUAUGGUGCUGGAGGAGACUCUUGAGAGUCCCAUGGACUGCAAGAAGAUCAAACCUAUCCAUUCUGAAGGAAAUCAGCCCUGAGUGCUCACUGGAAGGACAGAUCGUGAAACUGAGACUCCAAUACUUUGGCCACCUCAUGAGAACAGAAGACUCCCUGGAAAAGACCCUGAUGUUGGGAAAGAUGGAGGACACAAGGAGAAGGGGACGACAGAGGACGAGAUGGUUGGAUAGUGUUCUCGAAGCUACCAGCAUGAGUUUGACCAAACUGCGGGAGGCAGUGGAAGACAGGAGUGCCUGGCGUGCUCUGGUCCAUGGGGUCACCAAGAGUCGGACAUGACUAAACGACUAAACAACAACAACAACAUAUGUACACUGGAUUUUUUUAGGGUUAGAGUGAUAAUUUCCCCUUAGCCUUCUAUGUGUAGUGAUCUCUGGAGAUCAGUUUGCCACCUUUUCAGAGGUCUGAAUAGGCAAAUGAAAUGAACUGUGUAUUCCCCCCCCCACACACACAUAUUUCUAGCAUAUUUUUAGCUCAGGCAAAAUGUGUGUGUCCCAGUGAUAAACUGUCUAGGAUGGAAGUGAGUUGGUCAAGCACCAGGCUUCUGUUCGAAGAUAUGUGCUAUUUAAAAAAUGAUGUUCCGGAUUAACAGAAAAAUAUUACAGUCUGUUGCAGACUUUAUAUACUAAACCGUUUUGUAGAUCCAUCUCCACUCAUCAAAUCUAAUUUCACUACAGCCCUAUCGUGAUACUUGGAGAGCCCUGCACAUUUUCUCCUUUGUGAUAAUCUUUUCAUUUAUCAUUUGUCUUGCCUCUUGGUCCUGUUCUCUAAGGCCAAGUUUGCUUCCCCACAAUAGAUGACUAUUCAAGCACAGUUUUGCAGAAAAUGAAGGAUGUAAAUGGGCUGAGCCAAUGUAACUUUUCCAAAGCAAUAAUGGGUGUUUGGUUAGGAACAUCCCCCUAUACGUUAUUAUCUUCAUUUCUGGAUGGCUGUUCGCAGCCACAGUAUUCUCUGUUACUGUACCUCCUCUGGAUUUAUUUUCUGUUUUUUUGCUCACUAUGUAAUCCUAGUCGAUUGGAGAUCACAUAGUGAACAAGAUGAUAUCACACAAUUUUAUAGAUUUCAUGUUGCUGUGCAGACAGAGCCCUGCUCAUUUGCUUAAGGAGCUGUGUGGUGCUGCUCUCUUCCAGCAGUGCACAGUGAGAGCAGGUCACAAAACUUCUUAACACCUGGGAGUAAGCCCCCAUUGAAUUCAUUAAGACUUACUAUGGUUAGGAUUGUGCUGCUGGUGUAUUUUGGUAUGUCCUCUGUCUCAUAACAGCCACUUCUUAAGGCUAUAUUUAGAAGCUCUUUCCAAAAGCUAAGUAACUGCAUCUAAAGCAGGAAACUUAAGAUGAUGAUAAAGAAGAUCUAAAUGUAUUUCUGCUAUGCACACACAUGCACAUUCAUUUUAUAUCUUUGAUUUGGAUAAAGCAUUAAUAAAUCACUCUUCAAAUGCAAAGGAUUAUGAUGCUUUGCUGUUAUUGCUAUCUCCAGGUGCACCUCUCUUCCAUAGAAUAUCUGCUGGCUUAUUCCUUUUUUUCACGUUGAUAAUAUCUGUCAGACGGAAAACCUUGGAGCAUUAGUCCCUUUAAGUGAUGUAUCAUGAGUUCUCUGAAGUUUAAGAUUCUUCUACCAUGCUAGAUGGGACACGCGUUUUUCUAAAUGCUCUGAAUUGCAACUGACCACUCAACAAGAAAAUACACAGCCAAUCAAGUUUUUGUAGUAUUUAACGGGGAAAACCCACAUCUCUCCCUCCCUCUUUUUCACACACACACACACACACACCUUUUUAGGCACGUCUCAGAGAGUUGCUGAGUGCAUCUCUCAGUACUGAUUGUAACUGUACAAUAAUGGCUGGUGACAGCCUUCUUGAAAUGUCAGUGUUUAUCAGGAACAAGGUGCUAUAUCAAGGGGUGUGCUUCUGUCGCAUUAGCCUCUGAAAUCAACUUCAUGUUGUAUCAAACAUCAGUAUAACAUCCUGACUCAUUCUGUUUUGUGUACUCUUGUGUGUAUGUCCCCUUGUAUUGACAGACCAUUAAUUCACUAACAGGGCAAUCCUAUGCAUGUAUACUUGAGCAUGAGUGUGCAUAAGAUUGCAGCUUUAAGGGGCUUAACUACACAUCACCUUAAAUGUGUUGCCUGAAGUGACAUCAGGAUGUUUAACUAAAAUCAAGAGGGGGGAGGCUGAUCAAGAUUAGGACCACAGAUUAGAACCAUUAGGAAGGGAGGUUUAACCCUUCCCUCUCCUGCCACAAUUCGAAAGAAAUUAUCCUUCUACCCCCCAUAGAGGAAUGGGGGGAAUCUCUCACUGGUGCCAACUCUCACUAGUUUCACUGUUUCUAUGCAGAGGGAUUCCCUCCCCCCCCCCGAUGACAGCAGCUAAAUAUUCCCUCUCCAUCUGCUGUAGCGUCAGUCUAAAUCCCAUCCCAACUUGGUGUCACUUCAAGCAGUUUAAAGUGAUGUAGAGUACUAGUUAGUUCUCUAAUUUGCUUUUGUGAAGUUUUAACAAAGGCUGAAGUGAUUUGAAAGUGAGGAAAAUGACCUUUGAGUCAUUAAGAAUUUCUGACUCAUCUGUUUCGGUGGAGGCUGUUUUCAUCAUUACAGACCAUGAACUGGCAACCCACAAGUGUUCUUGAUGAUAUAAACAAUCCUUUAAUGCGUUCCAUCAUAAUAUAUUUAUUGUUUAAUGCAGGAACUAGUGAAAUGGCCCAUCCUUGUGAUGGAUAGGGUAUAGGUAGACAUUGCAGACAGAGACCCCUAUGUAUCGGCGGGGGGGGUUUCAAUGUAGAGAGAAGCACACAAGCCUGUGGUCUUUCCCCAUCAUUCCUCUUGAGUACUAUCCAUUGAGGAAAGUAUUAUUUGUAAAGGCCCAACAAGAGGCAGUUCAAAAUUGGAGGCAGGACAGAGUGGGACAUAGUGAAAGAAAAAGGUAAAAGAAAGUUGGAAACGGACAGCUGUCUUUGCCAGACAGAGUACAGUGGUACCUUGUUCUUGAACUUCAUCCAUUCCGGGAGACUGUUCGACUCCCGAAACCGUUCGAAAACCAAGGCGUGGCUUCCAAUUGGUUGCAGGAGCUUCUUGCACUCAAGCGGAAGCCACGUUGGACGUUCAGCUUCCAAAAAAUGUUCACAAACUGGAACACUUACUUCCGGGUUUGCUGCAUUCAGGAGCUGAUUUGUUCGACAACUAAGCCGUUUGAGAACCAGGGUACCACUUUAUAUAUGUCUGUUAGUAAAUACUUUUGGUUUAUAUUUUUAACCGAGGUGGUAAUUUAUUCUUGGCAAUAGAUAACUGCGGCUUGCACAAUGCCAGUUUUACACACCUGGCUAGGUCAGCAUGGCGCUGAGCUUGCACAUCAAGUUUGACAGGCGAAUGACAAAAGGUAGAUGCUCCUUGAGCAUAUGUUGAGUCUUUGUCAAAGUUAGACUGCCUGUAACUGCCCUUCUCCCUCCGAGUCAAUUGUUCAAAAGGACAGGAAAGCAAUAUAUUGUUGUGCAUUUGAAGUGAUCAGCAAACCUCUGGUUGACUCCUUAGUUAGAAUACCUUGGCAUGAAAAUAAUGAAAUGUGUAUAUUAAGAACAUAUCAGAUUACAUUUGCCUUGAUCUGUUACUUAUCUAAAUUAUUUAUUAAUUCCCAAAGGAUUAAUGUGCGUAUGAACAAAGAAAUUCUUCACUAGGAAAUUUAGACAGGUCUGAACAAGUUUUUUUUUUAACACCGAUCCCUCCCUAAUAUGACCCUUGGAAAAUGCCUCUUUAAUUCCCCUCAAUUAAAAGGUAAAGACAGAUUGCAAGCGUCUGGCAGAGCUUUCCUCCACACCUGCUCAACGAAAGCAUGUAGGAACACAUCUCAGUGAGAGAGAUGCCCACUUGCCAGAUUUUAUCUGCCGCGACUCUUGCUGAGUGAGACCAUAAGAAAGAAAUUUUAGGAGAACUGUGUUUGCAUAAAGAUUGCAUUGCUGUUUCUCUUCACUGAGUUGUCAAGUGAUAUUAGAAAGGCCAUCACAAUCCUGAAGAUUUGACCUGGUAUGAACUGAUCUUCAUGAAAUUCUUGUCUUAAUGAAAGUAGCAUUGACAGGAGUACACCCAGGUAUUUCAGCAGAUGCGGUUACAUGAACAGGAUUGCUGGUGCUUGGCAAAACCAUUCGCUGUCAUGUACUGCAUUCACACUGCACCAGAUUGUUUAAAAAUGGAACAAAUCUUGUUAUCCUUUGCUUUGGCUACAGUCCUUGUGUUCUGAUUUCCAUGCACCCAGAAAUGACAGGCUUUAAUCUGAUAAUUGAUAUGUUGAUCAUUGAGUGUUUUGGUUUAAGAUAGUCCUCUACAUUCCCGCCUACGUAACUUUUCAUCAGUUUUGAAUUAGCAAGAGAAAUUUUACUUGGCAGUGUUUGAGUGAAAAGCAGCAUUUUCAGAAAUAUUUCAGCUAUUCAGAAUGGGAGUAGGGUAUGUUUUAAAAACAAUUUAUUGGAUCAAAGCAGCACUUUCUGCAUGUCAUGAGGAUGAUCCAGCUAAUCAGCCCUUUUCAGUUCCACUGACUGCAGCAGGAAAGGCUUGUGCAUACGCUGAACUCUCAUAUUAGAAGCAAUGAGAUGUGUCUGUUCAACUUUGACUUCAUUGUACCCCAUAUUGACAUGUUUCCCAUGUUUUUAUUGAUUGGUUGAUUGAAUUUAUAUACCGCCCUAUACCCAGAGGCUCAGGGCAGUUCACAGAAUAAAAUCAAAAUAUAAGACCACAAAAUACAUAAUCAAAAUAAAAAUAUCAACCCAAUAACCCCUGUCCUCCAUUUAUGACCUUUCUUGUGUGGUUGCAUGCUGGAAGUUGCUGCGACAGCUGGUGUGCGCAGGAAAUGUGUUUUGUGAAUUAAAAAGAGAAAUCAGUGGAGUUACAGCUGUCCAUAAAGACUUAAGCCAUUUUUACACGCAGACAGCAAAUGUGAUGCCAUCUUUUCCACCCAUCCGCAUGUGUUCAUUGAAUGCAUGGAGAAGAAUCCAAUAAUUACAAAAGGUCUUUAGCAUGUCAUCUUUGAUUGACCAUGCCCAGUGGCUGCUUGUUGGGAGAGUCAAAGAGUGUUGUGACUUGCUUGACCCAGUUCUUACAACCAUUUGGGGAGUCUCCCUCUGCUUCCUAGCAAUAGGAUGCAAGGACCAGCAUGUCAUCCUCCAAGCACUGUGUGCCUGAAAAUGGGACUAGUAGUACACCACCAUGUGCUGUUGUUUUCCAUUCACACAGUGCUGCUACAGGCUGCUGCAAUCCUCUUCCUUGUUUAUCCACAUAUGCACAUAGAGGAAAGUGAACAACAGCCUGGACAGCUUGUGAAAUACUGAACGGUCCAGUAUGAGAAAGCACAGUCAACUAAGAGUUGUGUAAGGAACCAAGAGGGAGCUAUAUUGCAUUUAUCAAAUACUACCUGAGGAAUACUAAUGGCUUCAGUUGGAAAGAUUUCUCAGUACCAGUAGCAAAUAAUGACUUACGCACAGGAACAUUGCAUGUGAAGCAUGGACUGAUAUGAAUCUUAACUUCUUAAACAAUGAUGCCACAAAGCUUAGAUAGGGGGUGUGGUUGGUUUAGGAUCAGAAUAUUUCCCUAAGGUCCUGAAACCCUGAUUUCAAUCUUUGCUUUGUGGUUGCAUCCAUUGUAGGAACUUGAUUAGGACUCUUUAUUCAAGUAGAUGAAAUUACUGUUUGCCUGAGAUCCCUUUAUGUCAGGACAAAUGCAAGUUGAUAUAGAAGCUUUCCACUCUACAGUCUCCAUUUGACCUAAAUCAAGAAAGUAUUGGGAUCCUUACCAGGGCUAGCCCAAUACAUUUUGCUGCCUAAGAUGAAGGACAAGAUGGAAUCGCCAGCAUUCCACAAACAGAUGCCAUCCUGACUGGUAAUUGGACCUUCCUUCAUCACUGCACAUGAGGCAUGAGGUCAUUUUAGGGGGUCCAAGACACACCAUGUGGCAACAGAGGAAAAUGACUGGGGGGCUCAGGAGGAAUUGUAGGGGGUUGAUGCUGCUGCCGCCUGAGGUGGUUACCUCGCCCUGUCUAAUCGUAGAGCCAGGAAUUCUUAAAGAAUACUGAAGGCUGCAAGGAUUGAUGGGUUUGCCAUACUAUAACGAUUCAGUUUAUAAGUACCCUAACACCAAGCAUUCAUGCACAUUUCCAAAGACUGUUUCAUAUCUGUCUUCUCAAGGAACUUCAGUUUGAACCAGGAGUUUCACUCAUGAUACCUCCAUGGUGGCUUUGUUUGUUUGAGAGCCUGAUCUCGCAAUUGUACUGCUUUUUCCCAUGCACUUGCUCCAAACUUUGGCACCAGCUCAGAGUGCCUGGAUAAUUCUGUGGAAUGCUCUGACCUGGACAUUGUGUUCUGGGCUUUGAUGUACAACUGAAAAAAGAGCUUAUUCUCCAGGAAUCUGUUCUGUACACUAGUGCUGGAUUACAUUAGAAACCAGAACUGCCGUGGAACAAUUCCAGCACUUGCCUUUCCGUAUCUGGGAUAGAUCUGAAGAUGAUUCUGCAUGAUCCGUGCACACAGAAAUCCAUUUCAGGUGGAACUGGUCUUUAGGCUGUUUGUACAGCUGCACACUGGGGGUAUUUGUCAAUCUUUCCCUCCCCUCUCCUUUCAGUCUUUAAGAAUAUUAUAAAUCUUCUUGGAAUUUAGAUGCAAUAUACCCAAAACCCAUUCUGGGAACUCACGUAAAUCCUAUUUCCCUGUUCUGUUUUGUAGUCUGCCGGUGCAUGUCAUGAUUCUGUUUAGACUCUCAGGUCUCCGCUUUUACAUUAUGCUGGUGGUAUGGGAGCUAUUGAAGCAUAUUUCAUUUCCUUACCACUGAAGCAACAUGGAAUACCCACACUCCACCCCAUGCCAACAUUGCCCCAGUUUACGAGAAAGGAGGUAAAGCACAUGGCUGCCUGACAUAGGGCCUUUUCACAUGUGACUCUCGUGACUAUAGAAUGAUCUCCUCAGGGAGACUUGUCCUGUGUUGAGUUUGAUGUAUUUUUAGUGCUAGGUGAAAAACUUUUUUGUAGGCCUUUUUCAAUUUUAAAGUUUAUGUAGAUUGUUGUUUUAACCUGCUCUGGUACUAAUAUACUUUUUAUUGCUCUUGUGCCGGUUGUUUUUACUUCUAAAUCUUGCUUGGCCUCUCUGAAAACCCUUUGGCUGAGGAUCAGGAAUCAAAAAGUCCCAAAUAAAUAAACAAUACAUGUGGGUUGCUUCCCCGCCAGAGGGUAGCCUGCUGGUCUCCACACCUGGUGAUGGUCAAUCUGAUCAAAAACCAUGCCUAGAAUACUUUCAGACAUUCUUUCCAUAGGAAAUUCAGGUUUUGAGCAUUUGGUUGUUUAUUAAAAAAGAAAAGCCUUUUAUCUUUGCAGCACCUUCAAGAUUAACUUGUUUUAUUUUAACUCUGUGAGCUUUUGUAGACUCCAGUCUGCUUCAUCGGAUUCUGAAAUGGACAUCUAGGGACAAAAUGAAAGUGUAUGACAGAGUGAACUGUCUAUGAAAGCUCAUGCUGGCAAAAUAAAAUAAGUUUGACUUUAAGUUCCCACAAAGACCAAGCCUUUUCUUUUAAAAUAUCUCCAUAAUAAUCAUUCUUGGGAGCGAAUUUGUAACUGAAAACUGUUAACAUGGCAGUGUUAAGAAACCAUAAAUAAGCUUUGGAAAGGCACAAGGAAGAGGAACAAACUAAAAGGCAAGUAGUUUCUUGCUACUGCUUUUUGUCAUACAUACAGAAUGAUUUUCACUACUUAUACACAGUGAUUCUGUAGGGCUGUGUGUUUCUCAUGUGCCUGUGGUCAUGUUCUCUUCCUAAUGAGGUGGAUCAUAGCCGAUGAAAGCAUAUGCCAUAAUAAAUUUGUUAGACUUUAGGAUGCCAAGAGCUUCUUAACUGUUUUUGCUGCAAGAGAUUAAUGUUCCUACCCUUCUGGAAACGGGGUCUUGUUUUUGUUUUUCUCCAUUAGGGCAAGCUUGGUGCAGGCCCGCUUCUAGAAGACUGGUUAGCUGGGAAAGGGAAGGAGCUCCUGCUCUGUAAACUUUUCCUCUGAGCAGUCCCCACUUUUAAAUCAUUACUGUUUUUGUUUUGCGCCCUUAACUUGACAUCACAAUAAUGCCAAAUGAAAAUAAUGAAAAUCUUGCAUGUCAACACUUUUAAUAAGUCUUGGUCUUUUAGAUUUUUUUUAAUCGGUGGGAUUAUUGUAUGUGUGUGUUGUUUUUCUCUGGUUGAUUAAUUUCUGUUCUUUGAAACUAUUAUCCUUUGAUUGCCUUGCUAUUUACAGAAGGACUGAAGCGCCACCCAGUGAUCACCAGAGGGGACUGAAAUGAUUCCGACAAAUUUAAUCCCAGGCAUUAAGACUCAUAUGCCUCAAACCAGUGCCAAUUCAGCUAGGAGCACUGCAUGUGUGUGUCCCUAGCUGAAUUUGGAAACCUAUGUGGUCUGGGUGAAUGCCUGACUGUGCCCCAGUAAGCAAACAGCCUUGGUGUUCCUUAGCUUGCAGAUUCUAAACAUGGAGAUUCCCUAUCUAGCUGCCAUAACGGGCCUCUCCUCCACUAAUUUAUCCAGGCCCCUUUUAAAGCCAUUAUUCACAUGUUGCACUGAGCACAGGUAUAAACUGUGGACAGCUGUCUGUGUGAAGCAAUGUGGACUUCUUGUUUUGUGCAGCUCAGACUUUACACUCGUUCUUGUUAGUUCUUAACGUCCCACAAGGCACUCAGUUGUUUUUGUUGCAGGCGUCUUAACAUUGAUAUUUUAUGUCACUGUUUGGCUUUUGACAGUAUUUGAUAUUUAGGUUCAACAGUUUUGUGACAGUUUGAGCCAUUACCCGGACUGAUAUUUAACAUUUUAUCAUGGUUGUCAUUCUUAACAGUAUUUAGUAGCCGGCAGCUUUUGACACUUGCUUUUUCAUACCUGGCAAAACCCUCAAGAGAGAAUUCUAGAGUGGCCUGCAGGCCUAAGGGACUCAAAACGUUGAUUUUCAAGGUCACAUUUUAGUCAGAUUCUGCAUUUAAGAAUUUGAAACAUUGAGAGGUUUUUCGUUCUGCUCAGCUCUAAUGAUAGACUUAAAUUUGAGAUAAAUUUAGCCAUAUCCAUGAAUUUCAGAUAGUAAACUAUUUACUGCUCUGCUUAAUGAGCACAAGGAUUUGUUUUCAAAUUGUACAGAUUGCUGUGUGUGUGUGUUUCUACUACCCUCCCCCUUCCCCAAAUCCCUUCUGUUUUCUUUGUGUGUCUGUUUGUUUAUUUAGAUUGUAAAUCUGCAGGCAGGACUCUGUUCUCUUUUAUCCUGCAUUUUAUAUUGUACAGCUGCUGCUUCUGUCUUUCAUUUUCUUUUUCUGGUGGCACUUAGGAAAUAAUGGCUGUGUUCUUUUAAAGGUCCCACUGAGCCAAUAUUGCACUCGGGCUAUUAUGAAGCUGAUGUACUGUGCACACUGCCGGGGCAUGUCCAACGUAAAGCCCUGCAACGGCUAUUGCCGCAAUGUCUUGAAAGGCUGCCUGGCCAAUCAAGCAGACCUGGACCCUGAAUGGAAGAACCUGAUUGGUAAGAAGAGCAGGCAACUGCACAUUAUUUCACUUUGGCUGGUCUUUUGCAUGUAAUUCCCGCCCCCCUUUUUUUCAAUCAAUAGAGUGCAGUUUUGGAGAACAAACAGAUCAAUUGAUAGAAGCAUUCACAAUCCCUUUGCACUAAAUUCUAAACACUAUCGAUAUGUGUAGAUGUUUCUGAAGCACCACUUCAUCCUGUAGACUAAGUGCAUACCUGCAUCUCAGCUUCCCAUGCUCUGGGACUGGAUGCUUUUAACUGCUAAGGAUUUGCAACGUGGCCUUGUAAAAAGCUAUUUCAUUCUAGAAGAUCCCAGAUUCAGCAUUUAGCACUGGGUUACUCAAACAGUGUCGCUUUUGGCAGACCUGAACUUGCCUCUCUCUGUAGUGUGAGGAGAACAAACAGAAGCAUGGGCUAAAGAGCCUGGAAUACGUACACAUGGUGGUAGGAAAGAAAUUUGGAUGACCAUUGGGUGAUCAUUUGGCCAUUCGAAACCCACCAAUGUUUUGAUCAAAUAACAAAUUUCCUUGUGAGAAAUUUGAAUAAAAUGAAUCACAGAUCGGGAGCAGCAACAUCUUUUUUCUCCCGAAAGCUCUGUGCAUAUCUGCAAUUAUACAAACAUUUAGGAGGAGUGGCAUUUAUAAGCAGAAUGAACAGGACAAUUGCUGGAAUUGCCAAGGGAGAAAAGACUAGGCUAGCUUUGCAGUGUUUCCCCUUAAUUAACUUGUGAGUCCUGUGGCAACAAGUAUGUGCUUUAACACACGGGGGUGUUAUUGGGUUGUCUUUGUUUUUGUUUUUAUUAUGUAUUUUGUGUUUUUUUUAUUGUGGGUUUGUUUUUGUUGUGAACCACCCUGAGAUCUGCGGGUGUAUACAAAUUUAAUAAGUAAUAAAUAAAUAAAUUGACAGAAGUCAUCACCACCCGUUCUGUAAGACCUUAGGCGGCUUUUAAAAAGCAAGUUGCUGUUCCUCGUUUGCCCCGUUGUUAUAACCGGUUAAUUUUAGUGCAAGUAGGAGGAUGAAAUGGAGUCUAAUUCCUGAUACUUGAACCUAUGGGCUUGACAUCUUUUGUUUGUUGGUUUAAGCUUGUUCUGGAAACCCACUGAAUGAAGUUGUUUGUGUGAGAAAUAGACAUAGUACGGCUUAUACUGCAUGUAGUGCUGACAUGGUAUUGAGAGCCAGCAUGCUAUAGUGGCUAAGUCUGGGGAGAUCCGGGUUCAAAUCCCUGCUCGGCCAUCAAGGUCACUGAGUGACUCUGGGCCAGGCACACGCUUUCGUAGCCUGACCCUGCAUCACAGGGCUGUUGUGAGGAUAAAGUUGGAGGUGAGAAUCAUGCCUGCCAUCCUGAACUCUUUGGAGGAAAGGUGGUGAUAUAGAUGUAAAAUAAUAAUAAUACUAACAACAACAACAACAAGGCUAGGAAUAGUUUUUAAAAAUAAAAAUAAAAAUUCCUGGUGCACAUAUGAUACUGUAAUCAUAAGAAUUACAGAAAAAAGAAUUAUAAGAAAAAAGCAGAGACAUCACCUUGCCAACAAAGGUCCAUAUAGUUAAAGCCAUGGUUUUCCCGGUAGUGAUGUAUGGAAGUGAGAGCUGGACCAUCAAGAAGGCUGAUCGCCGAAGAAUUGAUGCUUUUGAAUGAUGGUGCUGGAGGAGAUUCUUGAGAGUCCCAUGGACUGCAAGAAGAUCAAACCUCUCCAUUCUGAAGGAAAUCAGCCCUGAGUGCUCACUGGAAGGACAGAUCCUGAAGCUGAGGCUCCAAUACUUUGGCCACCUCAUGAGAAGAGAAGACUCCCUGGAAAAGACCCUGAUGUUGGGAAAGAUGGAGGACACAAGGAGAAGGGGACGAUGGAGGAUGAGAUGGUUGGAUAGUGUUCUCGAAGCUACAAACAUGAGUCUGACCAAACUGCGGGAGGCAGUGGAAGACAGGAGUGCCUGGCGUGCUCUGGUCCAUGGGGUCACAAAGAGUCGGACACGACUAAACAACUAAACAACAACAACAAUCAUCAUCAUAAGAAUGUGGGCAUUUAGCUCCUUAUAGGCUUAAAUUCCACAUGACUCACAGUCUCCCUGGGAAUAAAUGAAUAUAUAGAAGAACCCAUUGAGAAACCCUACAUGUCCAGUGCUGGUAUAUAAUGAUUACCUAGGUUUUUGAAACAUUAUUUGCAUGACGCAUUCUUAAAUUGUGUCUGUUAUUUACCCUGAUAGAUUCACUGCUGUUGGUGGCUGACCGCUUUGAUGGAUCAUCCAAUGUAGACGUAGUCAUUGGUACAAUUCAUACCAGGAUUGCAGAAGCCAUUUCAAAUAUGCAGGAGAACAGAGAAUCUAUAAAAUCCAAGGUAAAAGCCAGACUGCAAAAGCUGAAAAUGCAGUUUACUUAACAGCGAUAUUUCAUUUAUUGUAUGUAUUUAUAUCAUGCCUUACCUCCAUGUUACAAAGUUUGCCAUUAAGACAUGUAUCAGCCCUGCUUAGCUUCAGCCUUCAGAUCAUGCCCUCUGCCAUUUUCAUAUCUGCCAUCUCAGGCAAAGUAACGCCAAGAGAAUUCCAACAAUUUCUGCUGAAUGACAUUAGAAGUGCUAGGCCCUGGUUUGUUCCUUUCAUGAGUACUGGACAGGCAGAGAUAGCCUGAUUAUCUUGCCUGUCUUCUUUACUUGCAUAUCUUUGCCAGAGCCUAUCUCCCUUCCGCCAUAGGAGCUGGCCGGCUUCCCCUGAGAAUCCCACCUGUCUCUCCUUCAUCCUCCUUGAUUUCAGGAGAUUUUCGCAGCUGCAUUUCUGAGUAGAAUGUGAUACAUUAGCCCUGCAUGGAGGGAAUUUGCUCCUUCAUCAGUCCUAAAACUGUGCAGCUCCCCAUCCAACUGAGUCAGAUGUUAACAGCGGAAUAAUUUGUGCUCCUGAAGCCCAGCUGCUUUCCCCAUGAUUCCUAAGAACUGUAACUAACAGGUGCUGAUGGAGAAUGAAUCGGGAACUGACUGGCAAGUAGAUAAGUCACUGAUAGGCCAGCAGGGAUGGAGGAAACAGCAGUGCAGCACAAAAUACAGUGUUAAUUCAACACAGAAAUAGAGCCAUCAAUUCAGAGAGAGAGAGAGAGAGAGCGCACAGAGAGACGAAUGAAUCUAUACCUCCCAGAAGGUAUUUUUCAUUGCUCUUGCAUGUUUUUAUGCCCCUAAAAGAAUUGCUUUGUAAUAACCACAGUAAUAAACUAUAAAUGGGUGAGCUACAGUGAUGAAGCUGGAUUCAUUUGUCUCUUUCAUAAAACAAAUUUGGGAAUAUUUUAUAUACAAGCAUUAAAAAGAAAUGGCUAGCAAGGCAGUAGGCUCACCUUGUAAAUCACAGAUAUGGGCCAAAGUGCACCAUAAAUGACAUCCACAUUGUCUAUCAUUAUGAUACAAUUAAUCUGAAACUCUGCUCCAGGGCAAGUUAGCCAGGUUGUUGUCUUCUGCAGUGUGAGCACCCAAAACCCAGUUGACCAUUCAGCCAGCUAGAGUGUUGGUAGCUGUCACACAGAAUUAUCACACAGAAAUCAGAUUCCACGUUGGUGGCAGCAUCAGAAUCCCAGAUUUUAAAAGGAUUGUUCUUCUACAAUCCCUUUUUUCUGUUCUUAAAAGGAAGUUACAGCAGUGGAGGGGUUAUUGUUCCCUUAAAAACAACAACCAAUUAUAUAUAUCUCAGCAGUUUAAAACAACAGCACAUACAUAAAACCUGGGAUAAAGAUUUCUAUUGAGAAAGCUUUUUGAAAGAGAAACAUACCGUAUUUUUCCCCCUAUAGGACGCACUUUUUCCCCUCCAAAAAUGAAGGGGAAAUGUGUGUGCGUCCUAUGGGGCGAAUGCAGGCUUUUGCUGAAGCCUGGAGAGCGAGGGGGGUCGGUGCGCACCGACCCAUCUCGCUCUCCAGGCUUUAGGAAGCUAGCCGCUAGCCGUGGGAGACGCAGCUCUUCCACGCUAGCGGAGAGCUUGCUGGCACCCAGAAGCUUGGGGCGCACUGAGCUCAGCACGCCCCAAGCUUCAGGCUUCGCGCAGCACUCCGUUAGCCUGUUCUGGGGGCUGGGGUCGGGGGAAGCUCGGGCUUCCCCCACCCCAGCCCCGCACCUGGGGGGGAAAUAAAUUUUUUUUUCUUUAUUUCCCCCCAAAAAAACUAGGUGCGUCCUAUGGGCCGGUGCGUCCUAUGGGGCGAAAAAUACAGUAUUUAGCAAGCGCUGGAAGGGCAGUAGAGAAGGUGCCUGCCAGGUAUAUAAUGGGAGGUAGUUCCAAAGGGUAAGAACACUAAAGGCCCAAUUCCAACAUCAUGCAGAAUGGGCCUCCCUUUAGAACAGUAUCUGCGGGAUGCACUGCAGAACAUAGUGAUCGGUUGGAGAGGAAUCCUUAAUUCACUGGUUCAAUUGCAGCUGAACUGAGAUUUGAUUUGGGUGAAGGGCCCUAGCCCAAUGGCAGGGCAUACGACAUGAAUGCAAAUGUACCAAACCUUUGCAUUUUCAGGUAAGACUGGAAGAAAUAUGCACCUGAAAUUGUGGAGAUCUGCUGCCAGUUACUAAACUAGACAGAUCCAUGGUCUGAACUAGUACAAAGCAGCUUCCUAUGUCCCCAAAGCAAUGCGAUAUCUGAAAAUUGGAUUACUAUUGUGUUAAAAUUGGUAUGUGUGAGCAAAUGUGAAGUUAGGAAGAAAUAUGAUUAACAGGGGCAUAUUUUACAGCUGUGACUUAUUAGAUAAAUGCUUUGCUAUUAAGUUUCGUUUAUUUUCUCCAGACCUUUCAAGGUUGUGGAAAUCCCAAACUCAACUCAAAAGCUUCCAGCGCUGAGGAAAAGAAGAGGCGAGGAAAGUAUGUCAGUGAAGAUAAACCUUCAGGGCUUAGUUCAGAGAAACUUGUGAGUAUGGAAUUUAGUUCUGACUUUUUUAGAAAUGCUUCUGUAUGGAAACAAUCUGUGUGGCCCGUUGCUUAGAAUAGCACUGGUUCAAGGUCACACAGAGAGCUUCCAGGUUGGCUGCUGGUUGGAAAGCCAAUCUUCCCAGUCACAGUCUGACACCCUAACACCAAGUCACCAGUGGAGGUCGUCUUCCUGGUUUAAUUAUUCUUUUGAUGACGCCAUUGGCAUUUUUGAGAUACUCCGCUCAUAACAAUUUCAGGAAAUGUGGGCUGCCACUGCUUUGUUCCUUCCACUCAAGCACUCACAGGCACCGUUAGUAUAACCCAGUCUGUCUCCUGAGUGAAAAUACAGCCUCGCUGCAAUGCUGUUGCAACUUAAUAUUUAAGAAACUAACAUGAAAAAUAACUGGGAUAGUUCCGAGUACAGUCGUACCUUGGAUCCCAAAUGCAAGUCGAACAUUUUGGGUUCCAAACACCACAAUCCCGGAAGUGAGUGUUCUGGUUUACAAAUGUUCUUUGGAACCCGAACGUCUGGCACAGCUUCCGAUUGGCUGCAGGAAGUCCGUGCCUUGGUUUCCAAACGUUUUGGAAGUCAAACGGACUUCCAGAAUGGAUUCCGUUUGACUUCUGACGUAUGACUGUAGUGGCCUUUCCCUCCCUUUGAUUUUGGGACCUCUCUCAGUAAUGUCAAUGAAGUUCUAACUCUUGUUCCAGCAAUGCAGGUUUAUCCAGUCUUUACUCAGCCUUACCCAGUGCAUAAAGGUAAAGGGACCCCUGACCAUUAGGUCCAGUCGUGACCGACUCUGGGGUUGCGGUGCUCAUCUCGCUUUAUUGGCCGAGGGAGCCGGCGUUUGUCCGCAGACAGCUUCCGGGUCGUGUGGCCAGCAUGACCAAGCUGCUUCUGGCGAACCAGAGCAGCACACGGAAACGCUGUUUACCUUCCCACCGGAGCAGUACCUAUUUAUCUACUUGCACUUUAAUGUGCUUUCGAACUGCUAGGUUGGCAGGAGCAGGGACUGAGCAACGGGAGUUCACCCCAUCACGGGGAUUCGAACCGCCGACCUUCUGAUUGGCAAGUCCUAGACUUCGUGGUUUAACCGACAGCGCCACCCAUGUCCCUUUUUUUACUGGCAUACGUCAAUGUUAUUAGUCACCACUAGCCACCUUCUUGAAGAAAGUUGGUCUUCAACUUACUAAUACAUCCUGACAGUUACUCACCCACUCUCCUUCUUUGCCAAGCUCUUCUACCAUUUUAGUGCUUCUGCUCCCAGGCCAGGCAUUCUGGAUGCUCGGGGUCCAUUUAUCCUUCAUAAGUACAUAGGAAGAGGCCUGUUGGAUUAAACCAAAGGCCCAUCUAGACCAUCAUCCUGUUCUCUCAGUGGCCAACUAGAUGCCUGUGGAAAGCCCACAAGCAGGAUAGGGGUUUGAGAGCUUUUCUCUUGAUUUUUAUUGGGAGAACUUAAAUAAAUGUUGUGUUGAUAGCUUUCUGCUGUAUAAAAUAGCAGCUUCGGUAAAGUAGCCUGUCUUGAAUUGUGUACUAAAAAACAACUAUGGAAACUGUAGCAGUCUUGCAUUGUUGUAAGUGGAUUAACAACUGCCCAGCGUUUGAACCCAUAAGUUCUGGAUCAGUUUAUCAUGACUGAGCUUGGAAUUCGAAAUGUCACUUUCAAACACCUUCCUCCUUCAGCUUUGAUUCUUCUCCAUCUGGCAGGUUUCAGAUGCCAAAGGGAAGCUGAGAGAAAUAAGGGACUUCUGGGUUGCCCUCCCAAGCACACUUUGCAAUGAAAAAGUUUCCUCUGGUUCUGUGAAUGAGGACAGGUGCUGGAAUGGAAUGGCCAAAAGCGGGUAAGGCUGGUCAAAAUGUGACGGAAGUUCAGCAGGGUGAAGUACACUCACACACCAGUUUCAUGAAGCUUUGUAAUCUGUAAAUAUGAGCCCCAUUAUGGGGUAGGUAAGAGAGAAAAGGCAGAGUUUGCCUAGUCGAGAGAGUCAACAUUAGUAGUCAUUGGGAUCCUUUCCUUUUCCUUGCUUAGACUGAGCCCCACAUAAACACACACAUGCUUGGGCAAAAAGAUGGCUGCUGGUGCUGUUAUUCCCUGCACCUGGUUCAAACGUAAUGCUGAGCCAUAGUUUAAGAAGCCAGUCACAGGACUGAGAGAUCUUUCAUCCCACCCACCCCCAAUCUCUGGUUAAGGGCCUCCCUAAACACCAAUUUAGAACCAGUAUUUCUUUUUAGAAGGGUUAUUUAGCAGUGUUAGAAUGCCUUUAACCAGGGUUAGGGGGAGACAUAAAGCCAAGAUAUAGCAGGUGGAGGCAGAGGGCAAAGUGGAAUUUGUGCCCACAAGAUCAAUUCCUAAACCAUGUUGUCAGAAUUCUAGGUUUGAUGUUAUGAUCAGAAGAGUGUUGAAGGCUGCAGUAAUGUUGGUGAGUUGCAAAGACUUAGAUGCAAGUUAAAGAUAGUGACCUAAUUCCAAUGUAGCACUAAACAGUAAUGAUAUUAUGCGCAUGAGUAGCAGCAGGCCUUGGGUUUGCAUCUUCCCUGCUCCCCUGAUGUGACACCACAGAGAUUUGAAACAUCUGCUUCCUCUUCUAGACAACAGUUUGGUCCCAACUUUUAUUGAAACAAACCAUAGUUUAAACUAACCAAAGUCUACCUAGUUCUGACAUAAUAACAAACUUUUGGAAGCAGAUGGUCCUCCUUGUGACCAUGUCAGAAUGCGCAAACCAGGUCAAUGUCUUAAAUCAAUUGCGAUAAUGUUUGAUACCCUAAAGUUGGCUUCUUGCAUGAACACAUGUGGCUCUUUGCAGGUAUCUUCCAGAUGUGAUGGGAGACGGACUAGCCAAUCAAAUCAAUAACCCAGAAGUUGAGGUAGACAUUACUAAACCAGACAUGACUAUUCGCCAGCAAAUCAUGCAGUUGAAGAUUAUGACAAAUCGACUGCGCAAUGCAUAUAAUGGGAAUGACGUGGAUUUUCAGGAUACAAGUAAGUACGGAGCUGAGAAAAGGCAACAGUGUUGUGCUGUGGAGGUGGCACAAUCUAUAUCAUGCAUACUUAUAUGAUAUGAUUUAUAUGAUUAGCAGUUGAAAUAAAGAGUUCUGCAGGAUUCCAUGUUCAGAAAGCAACAGAACAUCAAAGAGGUUCAGUUCACAAUUCUGUUACGCCAUACUUAAUGUAGAGCCAGUGCACGGAAGCAGUGGCAAGUUGGCUGCUGCAAGUAUUGCCCUUAUUUGCUGACACCCAAGAACUGGAGUGCAAGAGAUCUAGUUAGUAACGCUUGGUGAUUUUACUCCUCCCGCUCUAGAGUGCUGGCUGCUACAUCCAUAUCUUUAUACAGGCAUUGCCAAGACUUGUGCACCUGAGAUUACCCACUGUCUUCCCAGGGUUUCUUCUCCCUAUCAGUCCCUAAUGCCUCAUUUCAAUUGACAAACUCCAGCUUUCCUCUGACUGUUCAGCAGCAGCAGGGGUUUCAAGCUUGGGAGGAUGCUGUAGCUCAGGAUGGUACAGUGGUACCUUGGGUUACAGACGCUUCAGGUUACAGACGCUUCAGGUUAAAGACUAUCUAACCCAGAAAUAGUACCUCGGGUUAAGAACUUUGCUUCAGGAUGAGAACAGAAAUCGCAUGGCAGCAGUGGGGCAGCAGUGGGAGGCCCCAUUAGCUAAAAUGGUACCUCAGGUUAAGAACAGUUUCAGGUUAAGAACGGACCUCCAGAACGAAUUAAGUUCUUAACCCGAGGUACCACUGUAGUGCAAAAUAUUGCUCCUUUCUGUAAUUAGUCCUUAGGAGCCUGUGGGCUCAAGUCCCCUGGUAACUACAGUAACAAUGAGAACAUGUCCAACUUUGGUUUGCUAAAAAUGUGGAUUGAAAGGCUCCGCACAGAAUUUGGUCCACUCAUCCCAUUUUCCCCACCAGCUUUUGGGUGGUUUGUUAAAUGUGGGCAACGUUUAACAAGGGUGAGGUGAGAUAUAUACCCCUGCUUCGCUGCAUUCCAAAUUCUUCAUUUGCUUUCCCUGGCUUUAUGGCAACAGCAAUGCACAUGGUGUGGUUUAAUUUGCAAGCUCUUUUGGAACUGCUAUGCUUACUUGAACUUUCGUCUUGCCUAGGUGAUGACAUCAGUGGUUCUGGAAGCGGCGAUAGUUGCAUUGACGACAUCUGUGGCAAAAAACUGUCCAAGAGCGCUAGCACCAGGCCGCCAGAGACGCAUCCAAUGCCUAAGCAGUCUGGACAAGGUGUUGGUGGAAAUAGCAGCAACAUACUUUUGCCUUCUUCCUUUCUUUUAUUACUUUCUCUGGCUGCUGUUGCAGCACAGUACCUGCGGCGGUAA